GGUUAGGAUCGAAAGCGGACUGAGCGGAUGGAGAGAAAAGAAGAAAAGAAACAGAAUGGGGAUCAGGAUGCGAGGAGAUGAGAGAGUGACAGAGGAAGAACAGUUUGGGCCGGGGAGAGAGAAUAGGGGAGUGAGGGAGUUACAGCAGUGAGAGAGAGAGAGAGAGUGGGUGGAAGAAAGAGCGAGAAGAGGAGGUAGCGCAGUGCGGGAGGGGGAGGGGAAGAGAGAGCGAGAGAGCGAGGGAGUGAGAGCGUGCGCGCGCGCGAGAGAGAGAUCGGCGGAGCCAGGGCGAGAGAGAGAGGGAUGGGGAGAGGGAUGUAGACAGAGGGGCAGAGGCAGGAAGCCUGCAGCCGCGACUGAGUCCGUGAGUCGCAGGCGAGGAGAAACCGAGGAAGCUGACGAGCCAGAGAGAGAGAGAGGGAGAGGGGGAGAGAGAGAGAGAGGGGGGAGAGAGAGAGAGAGAGAGAGAGAGAGAGGGACAGCGAGAGGGGGAGAGGGGGGAGGCCUUCAGCAGCCAAGAGGCAACAGCGUCGAGGGAGGACGAGCCCCCGGAGCCCCCCAGGCGGGGAGGACAGCACCAGGACAGCCAGUGGAGGAAGUUGAAACGAGCCCCCAAAAAAUAAGGAGGAUACUAUUCAGGACAACAGCCCGCAACGGGAAGGGGGGGGGGGGGGAGGGAGGGGGGGUGGGGAGGGCCUCUGUGGGUGUGUGCUUUGGGAGGAAGAGAAAAAAAAGCAGAUGAAAGUUUUUUGAGACGAAGGAAGUAGUGGAGAGAGAGAGAGAGAGAGAGAGAGUGUGAGGAAGAGAGGGAAAUGGGGACAAGAGGGACCCAAGCAGGGGAAGAUUGAUGAAAACAGUGCGCGUUAAUGGCAAAGGAAGGAGGAUACUCGUGGAGAAAGAGGAGAAGGUGCUCUGGUUCCUCCGGUCGCCGUGAGCCUCCGUCGCAUCCGCCGCCACCACCACCACCACCACCACCUCCUCCUCCUCCACCACCACCUCCUACUCCUCCACCACCACCGCCACCAUGUUUUCAGAGAGCAAGGCAGCGGGUCGGGGGGAGCAGAGAGGCUUCAAGCACAUGCCUCACUUCUUCCCCUGGCUGUGCAGCGGCCUGAAGUCGCACCAGACCGGCGGCGGCAGCGGCGGCGGCGGCGGCGGCGGUGGCGACGGCGGCGACCUGGGACUGGAGCCGAGCUGGAGAGGAGCCUUCAGACGCAGCGCGGAGCCCCGUCUGGAGGACCUGGCCCCCCGGGGGAGGAUCAAGGAGGAGAUCCAGCCAGGGAGGGGCAAGGAGAAGCACCGGAAGAGCGUGCCGCGGGGUAACGGCAUGGGCCUGGCCAGAAGGCUUCCCCUGGUGCUCAGGGGACGGCACAUCCUCUCCGAGGGCCUGGGGAAGGCGAAGGAGGACGGCCCCGGCAAGAAGGACCCGUCUCCUGAGCCCGUCCCAAACUCGGACCCGGAGCCCCGUCCGGCGGUCCAGGACGGGCCGCGAGGUCCGGGCGACGACGGCGUUCCCGUUCAGGGCUCUAACCCGGAACCCUCUCCUGUUAGGGCUCCCGGGAGCCAGCUCAGCCUCCCCUCCACUCCGCAGAGUGAGGGGGUAGGCCCCCCGCUCAGGAAAUACGGACCCCUGGCUCCCGUCCCCGUCCCGGCGACUCCCGGGAAGCAGGUGGUCCAGGAAGAGUCGAACCUUAAGGUCCCGUCGCCGCGGAGCAAGGAGGAGGAGGACCGGGAGAGGCUGAGCGUCUUCCUCCGACGGACCUACCGCCAGAGGGAUCCCGCGUUCUCCUGCUGGAUUAAUUCCCCCACAUGGAGCACCGUCGACGGGCAGCGAGGAUUUAAGUCCGGCGUCGGCGGCCCGCACGAGAGAACCGGCGACUCCCCGGGUCAGAGACCCCCGGCCGGACGGGACCAGCUCCCCGGGGCCCGGUUUAACCACCGGGGGUCCUUCAAGGGGGACGUCCUCUCGAGGGAGCGUCCUCCUCACACAGACGCGGGCUUCACCAGGACCCUACCGGGCCGGAGGAAGCCCAGACCAAAGUCGGAGCUUGUGCAGAGCAGGGGACCCGAGCAGGCGUGGGUUCAGCCCAUGGCCGCCGGAGCAGUGGACUCUACUGGAGCUGCCGCUGCUUCUAAUGAGCAGGGACAGCUCGGAGGCAGGUGUCACCGGAAGGCUGUCCGCAGCCAGAUUAAACGGGUCGUGGUUAACCUGGAGCAGGUCGUCGGAGCCCUGAGGAACGUGCAGCAGGAAAUGAAAGAGGUAGUGGAGCAGAUUGACUAUCUGACCUCCGCGAUUGACCUGAACGCCCAGGAGGACGAAGGGAGGAUGGAGGCGGGCAAAGGAGGGGGAGGAGGAGGAGGAGGAGGAGGAGGAGGAGGAGGAGGAGGAAGGGGCGAUGUCCCCGGACCACCCAGUAACAGCAGCUCCAGCUCCGCCUCUGCCUCCACCACCAGCGAGGUCACUGUGCUCUGCGUCCACCCGCCGAAGCUCUCCGAGCGGGAAGCGGAGGAGACAACAGAGGACACGGGAAGCACACCGGUGUCCAGCUCCACCCUCAAAAGAGGGCAAAACCCACGCAGUCACACGAACGAACCCCGGGAACGCCACUCCCCCACAGCCCGGCCCACGGCGUGCGUCCAGACCACUGCGCGCCGUCUCUCGGAGAAGACCCCCGCCCCGCACACCGCCCGCACUGCGGGGUCUUCCCAGAGGCGGGGGGCGCCUCCGUCGUACGCCCGCCUCGCCUCGCACGCGUCGUCCCCGAUCAACCGCGCGCCACAAUCCCACCCGCCGCCUCAGCGGCCCCCCUCGCAGCACCUCGCUCCCUCCCCCCGCCGUGGCGGCGGGCCCUCCCCCGCCCGCCCCCCCACCCCCGGCCUCUCCCCGCUGCCGGUCAGCCCCGCCUCCCCCGCACCCCCCCUCCCCCUCCCGCACCCGUCUCCGGUCGCCGCGCGCGCCCUAAGUGGGUCAUGUGAGAGCCCACUUAGCCGCCGCCGCCCAUCUGCCAGUCCGGCCUCCCCGUCUCCGUCCCCGUCCCCGGCGCGCCCCCCCGCUCCCGGCGGCCCACCCGGGCUGUCUGAAACCCUGCCGGGGACGAACGGCCGGGAGGGGGCGGAGAGCCAGGCGGGUCCGGGGGGCCGCGCCCGCCCGGCUACCCGGGAGAGCGGCGGCUUACCGGAGAGGACCAGGAACCCGGCGGCGCCGGGGCGGCGGGGGGGCCGCCGGCCGCCCCCCUACCCGCACGCCGGCAGACUCUUUGAACGUGGGAGGAGGGCCAAGGACCCCCGCCAGGCGCCCCCGUACCCUGAGAAGAGAAGGCUGCUCUCGACCACAGUGUGA